AUGCCGCAAAAAUUCCAGUCAGUUGCGACUAAAGUUCAGGCGUUUCUCGAAUUGAACAAGAUGUGUCCCUUGGCGUUUGUCACGGUGGUUUCAUACACAUUACGUUUGAAGCAUGAGCAUCUAAUCAUUUCAAACUUGAAGUUGUGCUUUAGCAAAUGUUACACACACCACUUUUUCCUUUACCUUUUUCAGAGUGGAGGUACAAAGGUGAAUUUAGAGAAGAAUUGCGUGCGAUUUAUUGACAAUUUCUCAAUGGGAACUAGAGGUGCAGCUAGCUCCGAGUACUUUUUGAAAGCGGACUAUGCUGUGAUCUUCCUACAUCGAGAAGAAUCUCUAAAACCGUUUUCAAGGAAUUUUCCUCACAUAUUUGAUUCACUAAGGGUUGAUGGCGAUCGGGUUAUUUGCGAUUUGCCCAAGAUCAAAGAAGCUAUCGAACUGACUGCACAAUAUAAAUGUCGGAUUUUGUACGUAGCUUUCUCCACUCUAGAGUCCUAUUUCUUUUAUUUAGAUGAGAUUAGUCGGCAGUUAGCUCCUUUGAAAUCACGUGCGUUGUUAUAUCUAGCAGCAGCUGUUUCUGAUUUCUAUAUCGAAGAGGAGAAGCUUCCUACACACAAGAUCCAAUCAAGUGGUGGUGAGCUAAACCUGCGAUUAAGUCUUGCACCGAAAGCAAUUGACCAGAUAGUUAACAAGAUAGUGCCUGAAGCGUAUGUUGUGUCAUUUAAGCUUGAAACUGACGAGUCGAUACUGGUUCCGAAAGCACGUGCGGCGAUUGAGAAAUAUGGACACGAAUUGGUUAUUGGCAAUGUCUUACAGACUAGGAAGCAUCAUGUGGUUCUAGUUGACGCCCAGAAUACAGAGAACAUUGAUUUGACUGAGGUAAUUCAGUGCGCUUCUGGAAUUGUUAUUAUGAGUACAGAAUAUGCUUUAAAAAUAAAGCUCAUCGAACAGUAUUUCCUAGGAUUGAAUAUGUAG